ACUGUGUUUAAACAAGCAAGCCUCGGUCUUUUUAUAGCUGGUUGAGUGUAGACUUUAACCCGACCCGAGUGGAAAUGGCAAGAGAAUGGAUUGAAUGUGACGAAACAGCAAAGCAGUUCCUAACUAGGGUUUUAUCAGAGCGACCAUUCUUACCAUUACCGCCACCUCUUCAUCGUAUUCCUCUUCGUGCCGGCAACGUUGUUGAAAUUGUCGGUCCUUCUCCUUCUUCCAAAACUCGCAUUCUUAUCCAGGCUGCUAUUAAUUGCAUUUUGCCUAAGGAGUGGAAGGGUGUAAACUAUGGAGGCUUGGAGCGAUUAGUUAUGUUUGUUGACCUGGAUUGUCGUUUUGAUGUGUUAAGCCUUUCACGAUCACUGAAGCAGCGGAUCAUUCGAGCAAAUGGCAAUGGCGUGGGCCAUAAGCUAAAUAAGGCGGAGGAUUCUCUUAGUGGAUCAAAGGAUGCACAUGCUGAAUAUGACAAAGAAUUGUUCGCUGACAGCAUGAGAAGGUUCCAGUACAUCCGCUGUUAUGAUAGUUUCGAAUUUCUUGCUACUCUUAAGACUUUGCAGUUCCAACUUCAAAAGGAAAAAGAGGCUCAUGGUACUGGUGUUUAUUUGCUUAUGAUUGACAGUAUUGGAGCUUUUUAUUGGAUGGAUCGCGCUUCACCGUCUAUGCCACCAGGGAGCACUAACAGGAGAAGUCUCUCUCUGCAAAGUGUGUCAGACACUGUUGUUCAAGAGAUCCAGAAGAUUCUUGUGGUGCAUCCGAUGCUUGUUCUAACUACAAAAGCAGCAAGUUUACAGGAAAAAUUUAAAACACGUGGAUUUAUUAGCCACUCAAACAGGAAUACAGGGCAGUUGGUUGUUGAAAGUACCUUGGACUCAAUGACCAUUAGAAAUAGUGCUAAUGUUCAACUGUAUCGGGAGUAUAUGCCUUCAGUAUGGCAGUCCUUUGUUUCACACAGAAUGCUUGUGCGCCCUUCAGAUGAUAAUAGUAAAUAUCAAAAGCAGCCCAUCUAUGUGUUGGAAUGGCUGUUGCCGUCCCUGAAGUUAUCAGACAAAUUCACAAUCAAUGAUGAUGGUUCAUACAUUGUAUCAUGAAAUUCACAUGAUAUUGGAUUUGACCUUUUGACACACUGAUUCAUGAUUGCUCCCUCAACUUGAGGUCAGACAUUUCAAUUGGACAGCAAGAUGAAAUUCCAAAAUGUCACUUUCACCCAAUAGUAGUAUCUCCAACUGUAAGGAAGUGAGAUGCAACAUGGAAGCUUCCUACCCAUUAAGAUUCUGGACAGACAAAAUUCCAGGCAGAAAAUAUACUGUUUUUUCUCGAUAUGGUGAUUUGUAGGACUCAAGGUCUUGCAAGUUCUGGCAACCUGAGAGAUGAUGACAUAUUGGCAUCCAUCUUCUUCCCACCAGCCAAUGUGAAUGACAACCAAAGCAAGAAAGAUAAGGAAAAGAGCAGAUGUCUAUAGUUUUCGAGUAUUUGACGAUUCUUUGGGAUAUUUUCUGAGUUUGUGAAACAAAUCUAGGGAAGAGGUAAAAUUGUGUGUAGGAAUUCUAAGUAAAAGCUGCACUAUUGUGCUGCUGUUGCGAUGUUUUGUAUAUAGGAUGUUAACUAGGAAUGUCAAGAUACCCUCGUCGUGAACUUCUUAGGAUAUGUGUUUUUUAGAUAAAUUAAUUGAAUGACUUAGUACAAGA